CGGGUGAUGGAUCGUGACCAGGAAAGCGGUGCUCCAAGGGAGGCACCGACGCCGGCGCCUCCACGGGCCGCCGAGAGCACGAAGACGUGGUGUCCCUGGAGUCCGGUGCAGGAGGACCAGCUCCAUCCGCCCCCUGAUGAACGGUGGCCGGGAACUUCAACGCCAGGACUAUGACCGUGUAAAACCCCGGCCAGGCGCGAAGCUGGCGACGCACGCUUUAUCCAAGAGGCGCGAGGAGCCGGGCAGGGUGUCGUUACGGUUAAUAAAAAGUUCUCCUCCCGGAAUUUCCCCGGAACAGCAAGUGCCUUUUCCCCGCGCGAGGAGGACGAUGCGGCGCGGCCCAGCUCUGCAGUCGGGGCCGACGCGCGCGCCUGGACAGGUCCCCCCCUUCUGGGACACCGGCCUUCCCAGGGAUCCCGGGUUCCCCCAAAACAGCCGCUGGGCGCGGAACGGUGAGGGAACUGCACGGCCGUAAACAGGACACGUUAAGGAACCUGAGACACCCGAACACCGGAGCUCCAGGUCAGGGCGCGGGCACCGCUCACCGAGCGCGUCCGGGUCUUCGUCGCCACCGCGUCACCCAGACGGGGGUCCUCCCGCUUGCAGGCUUCGGACAGGACGGGCUCGGGGAGCUGGAGUUGCUCACGCCGCGUCCCGAUUACUGUGGAUGCCUCCAAGGCUCGGAAGCUGCCCAGAGAACGAGCAGGGCAGAGGCCGCUUAAAAAGGGGGAGCGGGGCCGGAGCCGCGCUGGGGAGGGGCCCGGGCUGCAGACGCGGCCCGAGCAGGCGGCGUCCUCAGCACCGCAGCCGCCGCCGAGCGCGCCCGCCCCCGGGGUAGGAGGGCAGGGCGGAGAGAGCGCGUCACGGAAGCCGGCGGACGGCGGGGCGCGGAACCCGGGGCCCCGGAGAAGUCCCAUCCCUCGUGGGACCCAGAGUCGCGGCCGGCUCGGGGCAAGGGCGGGGGCGCCGGGGUACGGACAGCGGUCAAGGCCGAGCCGGUGGCGGAGCGCGGGCGAGGCCCCUUUAAGACGCCCCCCCGCCGCGGCCCCGCCCCGCCCGCCGCUGUCCCCGCCCCGGAGUCCCUCCGAGGGCUGUGAUUGGGCAGGCGCGGCGAUCCCUUUGAAGUGUGGCUGCCGGGCGGCUAUUUGACGUGCGGCUCGCGGAAGGCGGAGGUUUUUGUGUGGCUCGGCGGAGCUAGCGGCAGCGGCGGCGGCGGCGGCCGAGGUGGAGGAGGGGAGCGGCAGGCGGCGCGGCGACCGCGGCCCCGCGCCCGACGCUGCGGAGCGAGCCCACCCGCCCCGGAGCUCGGCCCCCGGAGCUCCCGCUCCCUCCCCGCCCCCCCAGUGGCGCUGCCUCCUCCAAAUGAGCGAUUCGCCCGCCGGAUCUAACCCAAGGACACCCGAAAGCAGCGGCAGCGGCAGCGGCGGCGGCGGGAAGAGGCCGGUGGCGCCGGCAGCGGUGUCCCUCCUGCCCCCGGCGGACCCCCUGCGCCAGGCGAGCCGGCUCCCCAUCAGGGUCCUGAAGAUGCUGAGCGCGCACACCGGCCACCUCUUGCACCCGGAGUACCUGCAGCCGCUGUCCUCCACGCCCGUCAGCCCCAUCGAGCUGGACGCCAAGAAGAGUCCCCUGGCGCUGCUGGCCCAGACCUGCUCGCAGAUCGGCAAGCCGGACCCGCCGCCCUCCUCCAAGCUCAAUUCGGUAGCGGCGGCGGCCAACGGGCUGGGAGCCGAGAAGGACCCGGGCCGCUCCGCCCCUGGCGCCGCCUCGGCGUCCGCGGCGCUCAAGCAGCUGGGGGACUCCCCGGCCGAGGACAAGUCCAGCUUCAAGCCCUACUCCAAGGGCUCCGGUGGCGGCGACCCCCGGAAGGACAGCGGCUCCUCGUCCGUGUCUUCCACCUCCUCGUCCUCCUCGUCCCCGGGAGACAAGGCGGGCUUCAGGGUCCCCAGCGCCGCCUGCCCGCCCUUCCCCCCUCAUGGAGCUCCGGUGUCCACGUCCUCGUCCUCGUCCUCGCCCGGCGGCUCCCCGCCCCACACUGACUGCAGGAGCGGCGGCGGCGGCGGCGGGGAGCUAGACAAGAAGGACCCGGAGCCCAAGCCCAGCCCCGAGCCCGCGCCCGGGAGCCGCGGCGGCGCGGGGGAGCCCGGCGCACACGGCGGCGCCGAGGCUGGGGCCUCCGGGCGCAAGUCGGAGCCGCCCUCGGCGCUGGUGGGGGCCGGCCACGUGGCGCCGGUGUCGCCCUACAAACCUGGCCACUCGGUGUUCCCGCUGCCGCCCUCCAGCAUCGGCUACCACGGCUCCAUCGUGGGCGCCUACGCCGGCUACCCGUCGCAGUUCGUGCCCGGCCUGGAUCCGGGCAAGUCGGGCCUCGUGGGAGGCCAGCUGUCGGGGGGGCUGGGCCUGCCGCAGGGCAAGGCCCCCAGCUCCAGCCCGCUCACCGGGGCCUCGCCGCCCUCCUUCCUGCAGGGAUUGUGCCGCGACCCCUACUGCCUGGGAGGCUACCACGGCGCCUCGCACCUCGGAGGCUCCAGCUGCUCCACCUGCAGCGCUCACGACCCGGCGGGGCCCGGCCUCAAGGCGGGGGGCUACCCGCUGGUGUACCCCGGCCACCCUCUGCAGCCCGCCGCGCUCUCGUCCAGCGCCGCCCAGGCCGCGCUCCCGGGCCACCCGCUCUACACCUACGGCUUCAUGCUGCAGAACGAACCGCUGCCGCACAGCUGCAACUGGGUGGCGGCCAGCGGGCCUUGCGACAAGCGCUUCGCCACCUCGGAGGAGCUGCUCAGCCACCUACGGACUCACACGGCCCUGCCGGGAGCCGAGAAACUUCUGGCCGCCUACCCGGGGGCCUCGGGCCUGGGCAGCGCCGCCGCGGCUGCAGCGGCCGCCGCCUCCUGCCACCUGCACCUGCCCCCGCCCGCCGCCCCCGGCAGCCCCGGGUCGCUGUCACUGCGGAGUCCACACACUUUGGGGCUAAGCCGGUACCACCCCUACGGCAAGAGCCACUUGUCCACAGCAGGGGGCCUGGCCGUGCCGUCCCUGCCCGCAGCCGGACCCUACUACUCGCCUUACGCGCUGUACGGACAGAGACUAGCCUCGGCCUCCGCGCUCGGGUACCAGUGACCACAGCCCGGCCCGCUCCGCGCUGCCCGCCCGCCUGCCCGCGUCGCCGCCGCCGCCGCGUCCCCCGCCGGACUGUGUAUUUAUUUACUAUAACGUUCGCUUACGAGCUGGGAAUAUAAGUGCAUUAACGGCCCACGUGACUCGGUGGUAUGCAAAAGUCUGUGUCCCCAAAGUAAUCAUGUUAAUCACACAAGUAACUUCGCCUCCCCGCCCCGCUUCCUUUACGUUUUUCUUUUCUUAGGUAUGAGUUUUACAUUUUUAUGCCUUCUCCUUGUUUGUGGUUGGUUUGGUUUUAGGGAGAGGACGGAGGGUUGGGUCCCGGGGCUCUUCGUGUUUUGUUUUCCCUUCCUGGGGCUUCGUGCAUGAGUCGUAACCGUCCAGCCCCUUCCUGCCCUCUUGUCUCCCUCCAUUCGAGGUUCUGUUUCUCCCUCUGUACAUUUGGGGGUGGCGGGGGCGAGCUCGGUGGCGGGAGGUCUUGAGCUCUGUUCGCCGGGACCUGUGCCCGGUGACCCCUCCCCAGCAACCGUCUCCUCCUAGGGUCCUGCUCUGGGCCCCGGCCUUGCUCCCCUACCUGGCUCUGAGCACGGAGAGCCCUGACCCCUAGAGAGGCGCAAACGGCCUCCACGAAGCCUGGCCGCCCACCGCACCCUCCAGACUUGCUCGGGCCCCUCAGGCCAGCAGGCUGCCCGCCGGGGGACCUGCAGGGCUCCUUUACUCCAUUAAAAGUCCUGCAAGGCCCCGCUGGCGUGACACUUUGCUCUUUAUAAUUUGCGAAAUGCUUUAUAGUCAUUGUUUCUCUCUCCCGCAUUGGGCAGUGACCCCUCGCACUGGCACUGCGGGGUCACUGAUUCUCGCUAGGUCCCUCCAAAGCAGGCCAGUCGCAGUGUCGGCGGGGACACAACCUUGUCACGGCCCGGUGGGGGAGGGGCGGGGAGCCAGGGAGCGCGAGGACCGCGGCAGCCCCGGCCCCUGUCCCAGGCGCGACCCGGCAGCGUCCCAGCGCUGGCCGUGGCUCCCGCGGGCCCGGGGUCUGCUCCCCACCCUUCCCGGGGGUCUAGUGCGGCAGAGCGGGGACUGCGGGGCUCGCGUGGGAUGCACAGAGCUCCCCCUGGGUGAGACUUAUUUUGUUAAUAAAUGGAAUACUUGGCUAUA